AUAAGAGUAAAGACUAAAAUAAAGACUAAAGUAUAAUUGGUAGUUUUUCAGUGACCAAGAUGCAUGUUGCCUGCGUUUAAUUUGACGGAAUGCAUUUAUUCCAGGUCAGGUCAGUCGUUUUUCCGAGAAUCAUUGAAAACUGUUCACUAGCUGUCAUCGUGGAAAUAAUCUAUAAAAUCUGUUGUCAAAUUCUGUUGUCAAGUAGAUAUUUUAUGACACACAUGUUGUUUCCCUAUUUUAAUCUGGAAAUCGAUAUAUUUAUGUGAAUUUAAAUUCUAAUCUUGGAAACAUAGGUGAUAUGCAUGAAAAUGGCAACGGGUUUGAAAUUAGUAAUGGGAACGCUUAUAAACGUAUUCUGGUAUUCCUUGUUCUUGUUGCAGUAUGCUUGAUUUUAACUUUACCUAUCACACGCAGCUUUGAAUUCGCUAAAGUUACCGGAAGUAACAACAAUUCAGUCGUACAUGGAAUGUCAGGAAAGACAAAAACGUCUGCAAGUGUAGCUAAUAAUCCAACUUCCGCUGAGACUGGUGUAACUAAAAAGCGGCACGGACACGAUGAACUAAGUACAGCUCCAUUUUACCGAACUGAAAAUACGCCAGAGAAAACGGAGAAGCUGCCAUUAUUAAAAAACUAUAGGAAUCCAUGUUGGGAGGAACACAGUCGGGUCAUGAAUACAACCCGUGUACGUUGUCUUCCGUAUUUUUACCUUGUCGGAGCCCCAAAGUGCGGAACCACAGAUUUGUUUAGACGACUAAGAGCACAUCCUCAAAUAUCAAAAAAAGUUCAAAAAGAGCAACACUGGCUGACGAGAAAACGUUUUAUGGGAGGUAACAGAGGCAAUCUCUCAAGUUAUUUAGAGUAUUUUGAUUAUGCAGUAAAGUGGGACAUUACAAAAGUUGAAAAGGAGAACUAUCAUCCUAUGAUAUUUGGAGAUUGUAGCGCGUCUACGUUAUGGGAUAACCGGAAAUUGUUACAAUUUCACAGGGACAAUCGCAUGAAAUUACCACCAUUUACAAACGCAGAAAUUGUCAAAAAAAUCAACCCAGACGCCAAAAUAAUUAUCAUGCUUAGAAAUCCUGUUUCAAGGUUAUAUUCGGAAUAUCUAUAUUUUGGAGAGGACGGAGAGAGCGCGGAAGAAUUUCAUAAACAAGUAGUGUCAUCGUUAUAUUAUAUGAACGACUGUUUAAGAAGAUACACCGUUCGUUACUGCACAUAUUUUAUGGAACCAGCGUUACGAGUUCAAGUUGGGUUUUAUCACAUUUACAUAGAAGAUUAUUUCCGAGCAUUUCCACGUGAGCAAAUUAAGAUUAUAAAAGUUGAGAACUAUGCACAACAUAUAGGUGAUACCAUGAAAGAUGUGUACACAUUCUUAGGUCUCGAUGAACCGCCCGCCGAAACAAUGAAGUUAGUCAUGAGAAAAAGCCAUGCAAACACACGGGACGAGGAAGACAAGCAACCUGGCGAAAUGUUGCCACAAACACGGGACGUUGCUUGCUCAAUUUUUAUAAAACCAUGGAAUGAAAAACUUGUAGAAUUGAUAGGUGAAGGAUACAGAUAUAAAUUAAGAACGCAACACAU